CCACCACUCUGUCUGCAAAAUCGGAAUAUGGCGGCGGCGGCGGCGGCGGCGGCGAGCGAGCGGAAGCGGCAGCGCGAGGGGGACGAGCUUCCAUCCACGGCGGCGAUGUGGGCGAUGUGGGCCGGGGAGGCGCAGUACGUGUACAUAUCUAUCGCCGAUGCCCUGAAGGCCGCAGGCGCCCGGGUGUGCCUCUUCGCCGCCGUCUCCGAGAUCGGCGCCGCCUUCCGCAGCCGCGGCACUGAUAUGGAAAUCACAGUCUUACUGCAUGAUAGACAAUAAAUAUAGGAAAGUUGAAAGCGAAAUAUUGCUCUCCCUUCCACUCCGCUCUGAAACAAGUGGAGUUGCCAUCCUCCACCUUAUGACAGAAUGCAAAAACACCCUCAAAGAUUUCACUCUUACAUUGAGGAUUGCUGAUCAAUCACGUACAACUGGGAUCUCUGUGACUUUCUUUGCUAAUAACACUGCACUACUGCCCCGCGUUAAGUCAAGCGGAGAUGUCAUCAGUCUCCAUAAUGUUGUGAUAACAAUGCAUUGUGGAGAAUUAUUUGUUACUUUUGACAAGAAGUCAUCUUCAUUUGCACUUUUUGAAGGGAAAGCAUCUACAGAACUCAGGCCGUAUCAGACUUCUAUCAAAUAUCAAGAAAGCAAACAGGACGAUGAAAUUUUAACCAAUAUGAGAAUGUGGCUUGCGUACCAUCCUCCAGGUCUUAAAGAUCUUGAAUUACAGCUAAGAAGUGUAAAGUCUGAUUCAACUUUUGAUCUUGUAUGCAAGGUACUUCAUGUCUGUCAAGCUUCCACCAGCGAAUGGAUUUUUUAUGUUUGGGAUGGAACUGAUGCUCCUGCAACUGAGUUUCAGACAUUUUUGAGCACGGAAGCAUUUACAUCAGCCCCUCUACAUCUUGAAGAAACGCCUCUACCCAGGGAGGUUUUAUGCACACUGCCUUGUAUUGGAACUGUCCUCAGGAUUUUCUCGAACAAGUUUUCCAAGGAAAUACUACAGCUGCAAAGGAAUGUUUACUGGGCCCGGUUCUGCAAUAUUACUUGCAAACAGGAGUUUGGCAUUUGGAAAGGCACUUUGCUGGCUUCUAGUAGAGUUCGUCUUUUAUCUAAUGAAGAUGGCAACGUCGUUGAACGAUUGAAGAUGUACGACAGUCGCUUAACCACCCAAGUUCAUCGACAGCCAAUGGCUAGCCUUCACAAGGCCUCUGAUAUUACUGAUGUGGAGUUCAAUAGAGCAGGUUACACAACACUAAUGGAGUCUCUCACCAAUGAACAGGUGACGCACAAAUUCAAAACCCUUGUCCGUGUGGUGUCAGCUUAUCCUUGUCAAGGCAGUGACCUCCAUUCACUAUUGACUGGUAAUCAUUGCCUUCGGCUAACUCUCGAGGAUCCCACAGCAAGAAUUCAUGCCUAUGUCCACAAGGAUGACGGGGUCAGAUUUUUCGGCGGUUUUCUCACGGCGAGCUCAUUAACCAGAAAGAUGAACAGGCUGCUGGGUGUCCCGGAACCAGAAGAAGCCGACGAAGACGCACCCUUGGCCAGGAACCCUCCUUGGAUAUGGUGCUGCCUGAAGUCUUACCGUGUUGACAAGUACGAUCCCUGGGGCAGUAGACGGUACAGGAUCUUCGGCACAGAGAUCAGGGACUGAAAUAGGCAGAUGGUCCGUCCAAGGUGUGGCGAACUACCUUGUAGACGACGCUGUACAGUAGUAUUAAUUUGCGCUGCCGACUUAGAAGCAAUUAGAAAACCCAGCGUUGCAUUGGCACGAACCUUGCAAUCAUGGACGGAGAGGAGCAGCCUUUCAGUUGCUGCUAUUGUUCCUAGAGCCAAUCUGUUCUUGUAGCACUGUUGCUAAUUCAUGUAUAUUCAUCGCUGGCUGCAUUCUGUA